AUGAGAGAGGUCAUAGUCAACAAGGUUCCCCGUAUUUUCUUUCUUUCUUUACUUCAAACGUAUAUAAAGGGUCGAAUUGCAAUUAUAUGCUUGAUCUAUCCGAUAGAGAUUCAACAAUGUGAAAUAGGACUUCUUGUUGUGGAUAGUUCGGAGUUGAAACAAGCAUACACAACAAAGAGGAUCUACAUCUCUGAAACCAUGGUGGCUGUUACCGAAGGGAAAAUAUCAAUCUUUGAUAUUAUUGGGGAACUUGGAUUGGAUCCCAGAAAAAUACCAGCCACGCCAAUUCAACAAAUUGUCCUUCGUAUUAAUUUAAGAGAGACAAUCUCAUGA